AUGUUCCGGGAUUCAUCCAAUGGCAUUAAGGAGUACACCACCUCAGUCACCGGCUUCAUCAAUAAGUGCAUCAAUGACGUCCUCCCCACGGUGACUGUACGAGCCAUGCCUGCAUGUCCUCGCUCGGUAUCCUGCCACCCUAUGGGAUCUAUGUCCUUCAAGUCCAUCCAGUCCCAGCCUCUGACCGUCUGCCGCAGCCAAGAGCCACUCCUCCCCAGGGACAUGACCGACCGCCGGAGGACCACCGGAAAAGCACCGGAUAAAAAUAGGGACUCAGUCAGAAAGUCUUGGAGCAAUCUCUCCAUGCCUCUGACCACGCCCCCUCUGACCACACCCCCUCUGACCACACCCACUGCCAACAUGUCCCGGUCGCCACGGAAACAGCAGAGUAGAGUGACAGCGCCCUCGCCUGGCAGACCACCCCAGAGAGAGAAGCCGUCCCCUCGCCCCUCCACCCCCAAGCUGCUGUGGUCUUCCAGUAGAGGGGGGGAUGUGGGGAACCUCAGGCCCAGUAGGACGGUGCCAGAGGGCCUGUCCUUGUGUCUGAUUGGACCGCAGGCAGCAGGAGGACCUGAGGGAGACCACGGGGCUCUGACCCCCUCCCAGCCCCACCCUCAGACCCUGGGCCAAUCCAGAGCCAGCCCAAGCACAGGCACAGUAGUACACACAGACACACAGACACAGUAG